ACGAAAAUACAUACAUUUUUUGAAAGAAUCAAAAUAUAGCUGCGAAAAAUACAUGCAACUAAUGUGAAAAUGUCCCAAGGAACAGAACUAAACUUUAAGACUAAGAAGAGUUCCGAAAAAAUAUCCGAAAAUAUACACAUUUUUGCGAACGAUCCGUCAUUGGCUUUUUUUCGGAUUCAGGAACAUGUCCGUAAAGUCCUUCCGGCAAUUUUAGAGAAGCGAACAGAGGUGCUGACUUUGCAAAAUAAUCUUCAAGGACAUUGUUAUGAUAUGGAAUACGGUGUUCAAGCUUUAAAAUCAAUAGAAAACUCAAAGCAAAUAUUUCAAAAUAUACAGGAGAUCACAAAGACGUCAAUUUUUCUUAAGCAGCAGCUGCAGUAUGUAGAAAAUAGAAAUAAAACUAAAAAGGACUCAUCUAGGAAUUCUGUGUAUAAACGGUUCUCAGCCCAUUUAACCAUAGACCUGCCCGAACUGCCUGAUUUUAGCAGCCACUUUGGCCGCGAAUCCACACAUCGCUUGGAAAGUACAACACCAGGACGAACCGAAGCGGCCUCUAUUCAAGGAAGCCUCACAGAACUUCAAAGGUCGCAUACAACGUUACAUUGAAUACCUAUUGGUUUUCAAAUUUCUACACACUUUCCUCUGCUCCACUAUUAAUAUUCUAAGUUUGUAUUCAAGUGUAUUAUAAGUACUAUCCCUACUUAUAGGCAAGCAUUAAAAAAUAAAUAUAUACUAUACUAUAUUUAAGCAAUGCCGCCGAAAAGGACCUCUCCGAGCCCUUCGGCACCGUUCGUGAUUGCAGGAAAGGCGUGCGACCACUUUAACUUCCUGCUGGAGAGUUUAUUGCGCAAGGCUGGUGGACCAGCGGGCCGAUUUUCUUUAAAAGCGAUGAUAUAGACAUCAGAUGGGUGGCACCCAGCAACUAUACUCUUGAAAUGGUAAAUGAUUGUGUGCAUCUUAGCACUGUUACCACAACCAACAAUGUAAACGAUUGCGUCAAGUCAUAACCCGAUAACGGGUUGGAAGACCAGUUAAUAUAUAACGUAUAUCCUAAAUUUAAAGUAAUAAACUUAACUAAAAUAUC